UGGCCGCUGCCGCCGAGCCCCCGGCCGUCUUCCCGCUCCCGUCCCACCCCGCACCCUGCCUGGGGGUCCUGCUGGGGUGGGGUUCCGGCGGGGCGACCGCCCGGCCGCGCCGCUGUCGUGGCCGUCCCGCGGCCAGUAGUUCCUCCGCCCCAGCCAGCCUGUGGCCGCCGGAUCCUUCGCGGCGUGGAGCGCGGGGGGCCCCAGCAGCUCCCGAUCCAGCGUCCGGGGAGGCCCCCGGUGGCCGGCGCGACGUUCCAAAAUCGAACCUUGGUGGCGGCGUUCGGAAGCGGAACUCUGCUGGGGCCGCGCCGGCUACAUUGUUUCCUCCCCCCUAUUCCCUCCCGCCCCCUUUCCCCACGCCUUUCUUCCCUCCCCGACCCCCGGCCGCGCGGCUGGACCCCUGCCUCCGACAGGCCACCCCUUCUUCCUCUCUCUUCGCACCUAUACCUCUUUGUACCGCACGCCCCGGGGACCCCUGCUCCCCUCCCCUCUCUCCUGGCCGCACGGACCGUCCCGCAGGCCGCUGAUGCUGCCCGCAGCGAGCUGGCUCGGCCCACAGUUUCCCGAGAGAGCUCUCAUGGUACCAAGUGACAGGUCAGCCUUCCUGUGACACGGGGACGCUAGACUUCUGAGAAGAUGUCAGCAAUACAGCCUGUCCUGCAGGCCACCUGGCCAUCCGGUACAGAGUGCAUUGCCAAGUACAACUUCCACGGCACAGCGGAGCAGGACCUUCCCUUCUGCAAGGGGGAUGUGCUCACCAUUGUGGCCGUCACCAAGGACCCCAACUGGUACAAAGCCAAGAACAAGGUGGGCCGUGAGGGCAUCAUCCCAGCCAACUAUGUCCAAAAACGGGAGGGCGUGAAAGCAGGCACCAAACUUAGCCUCAUGCCCUGGUUCCAUGGCAAGAUCACACGGGAGCAGGCAGAACGGCUUCUGUGCCCGCCAGAGACGGGCUUGUUCCUGGUGCGGGAGAGCACCAACUACCCAGGUGACUACACGCUGUGUGUGAGCUGCGACGGCAAGGUGGAGCACUACCGCAUCAUGUACCACGCCAGCAAGCUCAGCAUCGACGAGGAGGUGUACUUCGAGAACCUCAUGCAGCUGGUGGAGCACUACACCUCCGACGCAGAUGGACUCUGCACACGGCUCAUCAAGCCAAAGGUCAUGGAGGGCACAGUGGCAGCCCAGGAUGAGUUUUUCCGCAGUGGCUGGGCACUGAAUAUGAAGGACCUGAAGCUGCUGCAGACCAUUGGGAAGGGGGAGUUUGGAGAUGUGAUGCUAGGCGACUACCGAGGGAACAAAGUCGCCGUCAAGUGUAUUAAGAACGAUGCCACUGCCCAGGCCUUCCUGGCUGAGGCUUCGGUCAUGACGCAACUUCGGCAUAGCAACCUGGUACAGCUGCUGGGUGUGAUCCUGGAAGAGAAGGGCGGGCUCUACAUUGUCACGGAGUAUAUGGCCAAGGGGAGCCUGGUGGACUAUCUUCGAUCACGGGGUCGGUCGGUGCUGGGCGGAGACUGUCUCCUCAAGUUCUCACUAGACGUCUGCGAGGCUAUGGAAUACCUGGAGGGCAACAACUUUGUGCACCGGGACCUGGCUGCCCGAAAUGUGCUGGUGUCUGAGGACAACGUGGCCAAGGUCAGCGACUUUGGCCUCACCAAGGAGGCCUCCAGCACCCAGGACACAGGCAAGCUGCCAGUCAAGUGGACAGCCCCCGAGGCCCUGAGAGAGAAGAAAUUCUCCACCAAGUCUGACGUAUGGAGUUUUGGAAUUCUUCUCUGGGAAAUCUACUCCUUUGGGCGAGUGCCUUAUCCAAGAAUUCCCCUGAAGGAUGUCGUCCCCCGGGUGGAGAAGGGCUACAAGAUGGACGCCCCCGACGGCUGCCCGCCCGCCGUCUAUGAGGUGAUGAAGAACUGCUGGCAGUUGGAUGCCGCUUCAAGGCCCUCCUUCUUGCAGCUGCGGGAGCAGCUCCAGCACAUCAAAGCCCGAGAGCUGCACCUGUGAUGGCCAAGCACCCAGGGCGUGGGCCUUGGGGCCGAACUUGGAGAGACGGGCCUUGAGCCCCCACUCAGUGGGCCCUGGCCUGAACUGAGCCCAGUGGGCCUCUUUCCUCUGUCCCAGCCUGUGCCUCCUCCGGUCCAUCUGGGGACCCCGCCUAGGCCUGGCAGCUUCUCUCAUGGACCCACCUGUGGGGCUGGGGGAGCCCCACUGAAAGGCCAAGAAGCGAGGAGGCUGAGGAGCCGGAGGCAGACACCCCCACCAUGGCCGGGCUUCCCUUGGCCUCCUAUCUCUCACUUUCCUAGAGUUUUAUUCCUUUCCUUUUUUGAGGGUUUUUUCCCCAUGUGCUUAUUUUUUAUUAUUUUUCAAGAUAAGAAGAAAGUACCCAGAAAAUGGGCAUUUUACAAGAAGUACGAAUCUUAUUUUUCCUGUCCUCCCCAUGAGGGUUGGGGAAACCAGGCCCCUCUCCAGGGACCCUUUGCCCAGCCUCAUUCCCCGUUCCGUGUUCCGUGUCCCGUGUCUCCUCGGUCGCCCCGUGUUUGCGCUUGACCACGUUGCACUGUUUGCAUGCGCCCGAGGCAGAUGUCUGUCAGGGGCUUGGAGCUCGUGUGUGCUGCCGCCACCUGCCUUGUGAGAUGGAAUCAUAAUAAACCACUCCAUGAGGACACCGC